AUGGCACACCGUUUGUUCAACAUACCGAUGGAAAACAGUGAGUUUGAAAGCGAAAAAGAAAGGAUUUUAUUGGCGGCCAAUCUGAACGGUUAUGACGAAAAAUUCGUGUAUAAAAUCCUACGCAAACACGAAAGAAAAAGGUUCCGAAGUAAUGCCACCACUUUCAAACCAGAAAAGGAAGAAUCCCAAAGGGUCAGUUUGCCGUUCCACCCACCACUGACCAAUGGCAUUCGGAAGAUCCUCUCCAACCACGGUUUGAAAGUGGCUUACAAAAGUUCCAACACCCUAAAAGAUUGUUUGGUUUCACUAAAGGAUAAGGUGCCUCCGGAGGAAAGAUCUGGUAUCUACGAGAUACCUUGCGAGGCCUGCCCGGCGGUCUAUAUUGGCCAAACAAGGCGCAAAUUUAAAACACGGAUAAAGGAGCAUAAAAACGCCGUAGAAAACAACAGAUCCAACGAAUCCAGUGUAGCCGCCCAUGCAUCAGAAUUCAACCAUUCCAUAGAUUGGGAAAAAUUCAAAAAAUGUGUUCGAAAAGCGUCACAUUUAAAUGCCUGGGAAUCGAUGUACAUCACGACUUCAGAGAGGCCUUUAAUGAACGAGGAUGACGCGCCUAUCAUUUCGCCGCUUUUCAACUUGGCAAACAAAAAUGUAUAA